AUGAGCACCACUUCCAUAGUGACUAUUUUCGCGAUAUGUGUUUCGAUACUGCUGGUCAUUUUUCGAUGGAACAAAGGAAAUUCGGACACCGAGACCAAGCUACUCAAACUUCCUCUCAUUGGGGAUUUACACAGUUCCCCUCUGGACAAACCGUUGUUGAACUGGGACUCGUGGGCGAGGGAUAAUGGACCCGUGGAAAUCCCGAAGCUUUUUGGAAUCAUACCUGUUGUCGUCUUGAAUUCGUAUGAUGCAGUCACUGAGUUGUUCAGCCGCCGCAGCCAGUGGUAUAGCAACCGACCGGCCUCGGUGAGCAUGGAAAUGAUCACAGACGACAAAAGCGGACAGUCGAAAUUCACCCUCAUGCAUGACUACGAUGAGCACCUAAAGCUGCACCAUAGAAUUCUCGCUCCCAGCCUCGGCGCGCUUGGCUCCCCGCGAUAUCGACCAUUGAUAGUACUCGAGUCCAAGCAGUUGCUAGUCGACCUUCUGAAUGCGGUUCGAACGUCACCUGGAGAAAUCAGUACCCAUUCAAUCUUUCCAUUGCUGGAGCGAACCCAGGCGAGCAUUAUUCUAGCUCUGCACUAUGGGUUGCGCAUCGCAGACUGCGAGCAGAAGAUCUUGCACGAUGUUAUCGAUAUUCAGACACAGAUAACCCACGUCGCAGCAACUCCCGCAAUGCCGGAUUUUAUUCCUUUGCUGCGCCAUCUGCCAGCAUUCUUUUCGCCAUGGAAGCGCGCAGCCGACAAGCUUUAUGCUGCCCAAGUUGACCUUUACUUGCGACUCUUCAACCAUGGAAGACAGUCACCAGGCUGGAACGCCACAAAGCAAGCAAUCUCGACAGCGGAAAAGUCUGGUAUUGAUAAAGUCCCAGACCUAGACAUAGCCUUCAAUAUGGCUACUUCCGUCCAAGGAGGAAUGGAGACCUUUCCAAGACAAAUACUAUGGCUGUUCAUUGCAGCACUGCACAGACCGUCCUUUGUAACUCGUGCACAUGCAUUGCUCGAUGAGGUCGUUGGUCGCGACCGUAUGCCCCUCUUCUCGGAUCGAGCAGGACUGAAGUUCAUCGAUGCAAUUGCGAGCGAAAUUCUGCGCUGGCGCCCAAUCGCACCAGGAGCGAUUCCUCGUCGAGCAGAUCGCGACGAUGAAAUCGAUGGCAUCAAGAUCAAAGAAGGCGUGACGAUUAUGGCAAAUGCUUGGGGUAUUGGUCGUGAUCCCAAGUUGUUUGACCCUGCACUCGGAGACCUUGAUGACUUCGUGCCUGAGAGAUGGCUGUGCGUAGUGGAUGGAGAAGAGGAAAAAUUGAUGACAGAGCUCCCUUUGCCGGUUUUCGGACAGGGCCGGCGCAUGUGUCAAGGCAAGCGAGUCGCAACGGAUGGACUGUAUAUGCAGAUUGCGUCGAUGCUGUGGGCAUUUGAUAUCGAAGCUGCGGAUGGCGAAGAGGUGGAUCCUUGGGAGAUGGUUGUGGCAGGAUUCAUGACGAUGCCGAGGGAAGUGAAGUUCAGACUCAGGCCACGAGGGGACUGGGUCUCCCGUGUCAUCGAAAGAGAUGGGAAGGACGUGGGGAAAAUAUUGGAUGCCUUUCUUGGAGUUGUUGAUCAAGGUGAAAAAUAG